AUGGCACAACAAGCAAAACAAGCUGCACAACGAUUAGGAGGCAUGUUCCCAAAGGGAUCUGGUAAAGGAGUAGGUUCUACAGCAAGUGCCCUCAUUGUCUUGGGUGCUUUAGGUUAUGGUGUCAACGCUUCACUUUUCAACGUUGAUGGUGGUCAUAGAGCUAUUAAAUAUACUCGUCUUUUUGGUGUUCAAAAUAAGGUUUAUAAUGAAGGUACUCAUUUUAUGAUUCCUUGGUUUGAAACACCCGUCAUUUAUGAUGUACGUGCAAAGCCUCGUAACAUUGGAUCACUAACUGGAACUAAAGAUUUACAAAUGGUCAACAUCACUUGUCGUGUUCUUUCUAAACCUCGUGUUGAUAACUUGGCAACUGUGUAUCGUACUUUGGGUCAAGAUUAUGAUGAACGCAUUUUACCUUCUAUUGUGAAUGAGAUCCUCAAGUCAGUAGUUGCACAAUUCACUGCUUCUCAACUUAUUACACAACGUGAACGUGUCUCUCGUCUUGUACGAGAAAAUCUUGUGCGUCGUGCUCUCAGAUUUAAUAUCAUUCUUGAUGAUGUUUCUAUUACUCACGUUGGAUUCUCACCUGUCUUUGAGAGUGCAGUUGAAGCUAAACAAAUUGCUCAACAAGAAGCACAGAGAGCAGCAUUUAUCGUUGAUAAGGCACGUCAAGAGAAGCAGUCGAUCAUUGUUCGUGCACAAGGUGAAGCAAAGUCAGCAGAAUUGAUUGGUGAAGCUAUUAAAGAUAAACCUGGAUUUUUAGAAUUAAAGCGUAUUGAAGCAGCUCGCGAGAUUGCCAGUAUUAUUUCUCGUUCCGGAAAUAAAGUUAUGUUGGAUUCUGACACUUUGUUGCUUAAUAUUAAUUCAACAACAACAGCAGCAACAAAACAAUCUACCAAGACAACAAUGGAAAAGGAAUAA